GUAGCCACGUCAAAUUCACUAUCGCUGCUCUCGGAUAUCAAUUUUUCGGUGCCAGCAAGCACAUCAACGACGAGUUUUGCUCACCCAGCGGAAGUCCCACUAGCAGUACAGCUUCCAGCUUCAUACACAAAUCCCGCACUGAGCAACAGCAGCAGCGAAAGUGGUACCUUAAAAGCCAACAACAGUUCAUAUGAACCAACAAAAACAGGUGCGGAUGUUUAUGCUGCAAUGAAAUCAAUAUCGAAUUUAGAAAACAAUCGUGAAGAUGAGGAGUGCCUUCGUGUAUGGCAGCGUUGCAUCGAGGAGGCGCAUAAAUUAUUGCAUGAUGCCGAUUUACUGCUUCCUGCGACAGCCGCUUCAACAACAGUUGCCGAGAUAGCGCAGACCAAACGUGGUGCCCGGUAUUUGAAAGCACUUUCUGAAAUACAUGCUGUGGUAAGUUUUAAUCAUUGGGAUGAAAAAAUUUGCGCAACAUGCAGAAAUUUUUGUUCGUUAAAGAAUUAA